CCGAAGCGAGCGAGUCGCAUGCGCCCGUUGCUCCGUGUCGCGUCGCGCCACUUUUCUCUCUUGCUCGUGAGCUCGUGUCUUUCGUGUUUGUUUAUUAUCACAGGGGCGUUGCGAUUCAAGGGCAUAUUCGCGGUGUUCGCGCGCUCGACGGAAUCGUCGAUUUCUUCGAAAGUGUAAUGAAAGGAAACAAAUUUUUUGCUCCCGUCGUUUGUUCGCGGUCGAGCGAGCACGGCGAGUGAUCGAAUCGACCUUCAACGCGGUUUGUUUACGAAAAAACGUCCGAACAAAGAAGAGCCGGUUAUACAGCUCGCCGGCGAUCGAGCCUCGACGAACGCCCAACCGCCAACGUACUUUUCGUGUUUACCCUCGUUCCCAAAACAACGGAACUCCGGAGGCGUUCUUUCCGAGGCACAACAUCGGGACGGCCGAAUACUCAACGGUUUCCUGGAGCCAGGGACUCGGAACUGUUGCGCCUUGUCAAGGUCAAGAGUCGGAGGUCGCGAUCGAAGCGGAGGCGUCACGAGGCACGACGUUUUCGCGGUUUUUAAUUCGAUAAGCUUCUGCGUGCUUUGUGGCGGGGCAGCAGCGCGCCGGAGCCCCUUGAGUUUGGGCCUCGUUCGAGCAGCUGUUCACAUCGAGACAUGACAACUCAAUCGAACUCGAAAAAACCGAAUGAUUGGUGAGAAAAAAAUACGAGCGCGAUCGCACUUCUGCUUCGCACGAUCGUGAAAAAACAAGCUUUUUAUCAGUGCAUGCGCGCGUCUUUUCAUCGAUACGAGUCGUCCUCCCCAGACGUAAAGCGAACCGGAGCGAUUCGUGCGGUACGGCGGAGAGUCGCCUAAAACCGAACGUUUUUCUCGCGCGAGCCACCGACUCCUGAGCCACCUCGCACGAGUCUCGUCGAUUCGGAGCUCCUACGCUUAUCAGUCAGUGCGUGCAUUCGCGUCGUGUUGGUGUCUGAUAAUGCUAAUCGAUGAGAGACCGAUAAGAGCAGCGAGCUAAAAAGCGGCCGGUUGUCUCGGCGCGCGAUUCGAGUCCCCCCGAAAUUGCAUCCCAGUCUCCUCGCAGCGACGAGGACGGAAGAGGAAACCUCGGGAAAAGUCGAUCCGCAAAGACAACGAAACUGAGACGAAGCGGGUAAAGGAAACAACGAGGAGCCACUCGGACGGAGGAUACGCGAAGACGAGGAAGAAAUGCCCGCGACUAAUAACCGCCCCGUUCGCCGUGACGACGGUACGCGCGCACUUUUAACGGACAACAUUAACCGAUGGGCAAUGUCGACGGGCGCAAAAACUCGUUCGCAAAGCGGCUUCGAUAAUUCUCCGGCUUUCCAGCGAUAAGGAACUCUCCCUUCGAAGCAAAAGUCCCUUUCGCCGCGUCUCUGGCAGCGAGGCGACCCCCCGCGCGGGUCGAGAGGAAAUCGCGAACAGUCGACUCGAAGAGAGCACGAAAAUGUGGCCUCACGAGAGACACCAACAUUACAGGCUCCCCGGAGCCGCGGAAGCUCACGAGCACCACCUCAACCAGCAGCAGCACGGGAUGCAGCUCCUCGCGAGUUCCUCGAUGUGCGAAUCGACCGGUCUCCUCGUGUCCAGCCACGCUCGGGAGCAGCAUCAGGAGCGAAUGCAGCGAGGGCAGUUUUGCCAGCAGCCGAUGGCGCCGCCGGGCCCGAGCAAUCCACGGGCUUCGCGCAAUAUGGCGGAAAAACAACGUCGCGACAAUCUCAACACGAAUAUCUCAAAUAUGGCUGCCCUCGUGCCCACUGUCGCCGGAAGUCCCCGACGACUCGACAAAAUAUCCAUCCUCAGACUCGCAGCUACGUACCUGAGAACCAAAUACGCUCUGGGAACUGGGCAAGAAUCGUUCCUGCCCCGAAAAUUCGACAAGUUCGACCUCGAGAAAUUCCUGUUUGAGACUCUCGUUCAGAAUGAUGGCUUCAUGCUGGUUGUGACUUCGACUGGAAAAAUUGUUUACGUAGGUCGUCAAGUCGAACAGUAUCUCGGACACGCUCAGGCCGAUUUACUCGGACAGUCGAUCUACAAUUACGUUAUCCCGGAAGACCACGACGAGCUCGCUAGAAAUUUGACACCCAGCGAAUCGACGAAUCGACUGAUGCUGACAGAAUCCCAAGGAGAGGAUUCAAUCGAGUCGGAGGACUCAAGACCAAUCGGUGGAAACGAAAUGCCAUUCGGUGACGAGAGGCGAAGCUUCGAUCUGAGAAUGUCACAGAGAGCAGCUUCGAGGCGAGAACACACUCAGUACGAGUGGUUGCACAUUAGCGGGCUUUUGAGGCCGGCGGAAGCCUGCAGAAGUGCGGGAAAGAAUCAAAAAGGCCUCUACGAAACGAAUGCUACGAGCAACGACAUCAUUUUCGUGGGCAUUGCACGUAUGAGGAAAAGGCGUAUAACCGAAUUGUCGUUGCUGGAGGCGAACAAAGAGGAGUACGUGACGCGUCAUCUGGUUGACGGUCGUAUUAUAUUUUGCGAUCAUCGAAUAUCCGUCGUCGCUGGUUACAUGACCCACGAGGUCUCGGGCAUGAGCGCAUUUAAAUACAUGCACGCUGAGGACGUGCUUUGGACUAUUGUUGCGCUACGUCAAAUGUACGAUCGAGGCGAGGGUUUCGGCUCGUCGUGCUAUAGGCUCAAGACGAAAACCGGUGAAUACAUUUAUCUUCGUACUCAUGCGUACAUCGAGGUCGACCAGGAUCGUCGCUUGUUCCAAUCCUUCAUUUGCGUCAAUACUUCGGUCCCGAAAGAAGAAGGCGAGAAGCUUGUCAACGAAAUGAAAUCGAGAUAUUCGGCAACGAUGAACAGCCAAUGCAAUUCUCUUCAACCGGUUACACCAAAAGUCGCGGUGAAAGAUCCAUUGCAAUUGGACGACGCAAUAAAUAGUCUAAUCAGCGACAUCGCCUUGCGACCGGUUUCGGACGACGGAUUAUCGAAUGUCUCGUCGAACGUACCGGACGUACAAUCUAUGAAAGCCGUUUGCGUUUCGCAACAUCUUCCACCAGCGUCUAUUCACGCCAAUGAAAUUGGCAUUAAAUGCAUCGAGCGUCCUUUACCCUCAAAUGGAAAAGACAAAAGUAUAAAACGCGAGAACAGUGUUUCGUCGCCGGGUUCGACACACUCGGGGGGGCAAGGUGACAAUUCCAGGGACAUUGAUGAACCACGUAACCAAGGACGGUGCAAUGUUUCUAAUAUGAAUGCGCGGUGCCUCCCCGAGAAAGUAAUGCCGGAAAAUCUCAACACAGAAGAGCCGAAGCUCUUCCAUUCCCAAAGUACUGCGUCGAAUUUGCGUUACGGAAAGCGUGACGAAGAUUAUUACAAAUCGGAAGCGAGCUCGAGUUGUUCGUCGUCGAUGUUGACAGAGGAUUGUUCUCUUUCGAACAAUCGAGAAUUGAUUAAACCUCCGUGCGCUACAGCUACGGUACAACCAUCCAGUCGUGGCAAGCCCGAGAGCAUGUUCGCCCACGUUAAGAUGGAAAAGCUGGAUUAUGGAAACGUCGAUACGAUUCAACGCUCGAAGAGCUGUGCGAUCAAGAGACCGAACAUCAAUGAAACACCGAUUUCGAGCACCAAGAAACGUCGCGGGAACAAAAACGUCGGGACUUGCGGAACGAAAAUUACGACGAAUCUCGAUCAAAAUGACUCGUCUAUUGGCCAUUACGAACCGAACAACCAGUUCCCUCCUUUUGCUGCUUACAAGGACGAUCAAAUGCUUGAAAAGAGUCCAAUUAUUUGCAAAUCUGAAAGAACCACGGAAAACGGCAACGAAGUCAACGCUCGUUUCGAAACCGACUCACCCUGCCCGAGUCUCCAUGACUUACCCAUCGAUUAUCAACCCCUUAAUACUUCGAACGUCGACUUGACCGUUUACGGAGAUGAUUUUCCCGACCUCCAGAGCGAUUCGUUUCUCAGCUCCGAAUUGAACGACAAUCCAGAUUUUAUGAAGAUUUUCGACGACUUGGGCCCUGUGAUUGGCUUCGAAAAAAAUAUUGACGACAGGACGAUUCAGCAAUUUCCUACCAGUGACCAAGCAGUCAGCGAAGGUUUGAAGAAAACGCACAUGGAGCUGGAAAACAGAAUGACCCUCCAAACGAACGAGCUCACGGUGCUCGAACACAAGCUCCAAACACCCGGUUUUCAAUCUGAGUUCUUUAAACCACGAGAAACACUGAUCGAAUUGAGGGCGGAGCACACGAAAAACACUCGAAUGCUUCAAACGAUACAGCAAGAUCAUAUGAACAACAUGCAGACGAACUCGAUGAAGCAAAACAUCGGUGUUUGAGGGCGGCUCAAGGACAGCGACGUGUCUUAAGAGAUGGUCGUUCUGCCUCAGUUAUAAAGCAAUUUCCAGCGAAUCACCAUCACUGGGGCAAAUGAUGAUUUUUAUCAUUUGAAACUCUCCAGCAAAAUCGCGCAUAUCGUGCUUCGUUUAAAUUUUCCUCGUGCGUGGAAAUCCCCGCGAUAGAGUGAUAACGAUUUCGUCGAUUAAAACAAACGAAUGGAGAGCGAAAAUUGAUCGAGGAAUAAUCGAUUCACUCGCUCAGCAAUUUCGUUCAAUCAUUGAUCGAUCAUUCUUCAAGUAACAACUAAAUUGUCAUAACAAAAAAAGGGAUGAAGGACUACACUUAAGAAAACCCUACUAUGGGACAGGGAUGAAUUCGUCACUAAAAAAAUGGAACACACAAAAACAAUCAUUCUUUUUAAAGGAGUCACAAAAGAAAAAUUAAAAGUGAAACAAAAUUGUGCAAUGGAAGUGUCGAACUGCGGACAAAUAAAUAUUUCGUGCAAAAUUCAAUUGUUUCAAAGUCUAAAAGUGUACUGCGAAACAAAAUAAGCAAAAUUUUAAAAGCCAUUCUUUUAUAAAAUUGUGCAAAAACAAAACAUCAGUAGAUCCUCUUCUAAUCGCCAAUCGAAGAUUCGCGUGUUCGGGAAGCAAAAAAUCCCGCGUUGUUUUUAUUUUUUUAUUAUUCUUGUUCUUUUCCUCGUUUCUUUUACAAAAGCAAAAGCAUUCAGGACUCGACGAUUUCCGUUGAAAUAUUUUCUCCGCCCGGCAGGGUGUUAAGCAGUGCGAGAAACGCUAUAACGCGCGCGAUCGCGCACUUCUUUCUCAAAUAAAUCAACACGAUUUCAACUAACGAUAAUAGUAAUAAUAAUAAUACCAACAAUAAUAAUAAUAAAAAUAAGAGAACUAAGGAAAUGAAGCUACCUCGACGCAAUGAUGGAUGCCUACGUGAAAUAAUAUACGUUUGAGGAAAGAGCGAGAGAAAAAUAUCGAUCGUAUGAAUCGUAUCCAUUUUAUUAGAGACGUAAGAAUGUUAAGGCUCAUUUACAAACGACGAAUGGCGAAAACCAGAGAAGGAAGAGAAACAAUGAUAAUCAUAAUGAAAAUUAAUCGUUGCCAUUGUUUUUAAUUGGCUCAUCAUAAGACUGCAAUGUUAUAAUUACCGUAUACAUAUAUAUGAACAUAAAUAUAUUAUUAUUAUUAUUAUUAUUAUUAUUAUUAUUAUUAUUAUUAUUAUUAUUAUGUUAUGUUAUGUUAAUUAUUCAUCUUCAUCGUCAUCAUUAUCAUUUAGGUGUAGUAUAACGUUAUUCAGAGUUCGGACUAUCCCGGUACACGGUACUAAUCAAAGGACAAAAUGAGAAAAAACAAAUCGAAGAAACAUAAAGAAUCCGAUAGAGAGGUAGUGUUGAAUGAAGUCUAACGUUCUCUUGCCACAGAAGUUAAUCCGAAAAGUGGAAAGUACUACGAUCGAGGGCUCUUCUAGCGAAAUUGUGUAGGAGCGAAUGAAAAAAGGAGCCCUCAAGUAAUGUUCCACGGGUGAAAAUUCAGAUUUUUCAAGAAAAAUAGCCUAGAAGUUGAUGCGAACUUUUACCGUUACGCACGCCCUGGGCGUUUUAGAUUUUAAGGUCUCUGGUGUAACUAAUACUGUUUACGUACUAUUGAUAUUGAAAACUCGUAAAGUUUUGUCAUUGAUGAAAAAAAAUGACGCGCGAUUAUGUUUUCAAUGCCACCGAUUUUUCUUCGUUUUUCGGUGUGUAUGUGUGAGUGUGUAUGUGUGUGUUUUUCUCUGGUUUUGACGAAUUUUUGAACGGUCUCAACUAGGUGUGGAAAAAGUAAGUGAGAUCGUGCUUUUUUGGUAAAAUUAUCGUGCAAUCGAAACUCGAUCAAUCCACUUGAUUUUUGCGAUUAUUAUUUUGUUUGUUCUUUUUAUUUCUUUUUAACGAUCGUGAUUACAAUGGCGACACGGGAUCAUUUGAAUUGAUGAAUCCACGAUAUGAAAAUGAAUUUGAAACGGUUUUUUGGACAUGUGCAAUGAGUUAAAAAAAUUAUCACUCCCGCUCUCGAACUCAAUUACAAUUUUCCACACGGAUGCCGAUGCCACCAUUAAAAAUCAAAGAAGGAAUAAAAGUUGCUUUUCAAACGCGAAUUGAGCGCACAUUUACAAUGAAAUUUAAAGGAGAAAAAAUGACGAAAUAUUGUCAAUUGUUGCGACUCUCAAAUUUCUGGUUGAGCUCAUAAAUAGAAGGAAGUCAGUUUUUCUGAAACCAUUGAGCCAUCUUCGAAACUUUGUAGAUAUUGAUUUUCAGUGACUAUGAACUCAAAACGACUUUGGAACUUCGCACCAACGAUAUUUUUAUUGUAAAAAAUAAUAAUUAUGCGAAUGGAACGAAAAAAAAAUCAAAAUCGACAAAUUCAUUUCAAACGACAAAGGAAAAAUUGCCUCACCGUUCGUCGACCCACUCUCCCUUUCAAAUACUUUCAAAAUACUUUUCGAGUGACUCCGUCAUUGUAAAAUCGAUGCUCGUAAAAAUCCGAAAAUGGUUGAAUGUUUCAGUAUACUCAGCGACUACCGCAUUUUUUAAGGAACGACAUAAAUGGCACGAAAACCCCCGAAAUACGUCCCCAAAAAUGUCUACCAGCCGGCCGAUUUCAUGUCUGCGAAAAAUAAUUAAACGUCAAAUUCCAUUUUCAAUGUAUUGUAACAAAAAGUAACUUUAUUUGUGAAUUCUGAACGAAGGACAAAACCAAAAAACAAAUGUAGCGCAGAGUACUCGAAGUAUUCUUUUAGAAUAUUCGCUCAUUCACCACAAAUUCGUUCACUCAGAAGCAAAGAAUAAGAAAAUUUUGAACCACCGUGACAAGAGAAAAAAGGCUUUGUCGAUCUUUGCAGGCCGGUUAAAAAAUUCAAAGUUUCAUCGCGACUCUCCGACGCGAUACAGACAGCAUGACCCAAGAAAACGGAGAGAGAAAGAAAAAACCAGGAAGAAAGCCACGCGAAAACAUACAUAAGCAUAAAUAUAUUAGAAAUUUAGACGAAUAAUUGAAAUAAAGUCUAACUUUAUAGUAUUGUAAAUACGUUAUCAUAUUUUAUACUUUGUUGAUCGUAAGUAAGUGGUUUUUAAUUUGCUUUAGCGAGGUAGUUAAAGCGAGUCCACCCGACAUUAGUAUACAUAAAUAAAUAAAUGAAUGAAUAAAUAAGCGGCAACUCGUUUGACGAGCGAAAUGGGUGCAAAAAUAAGGUGAAAAAGUAAAGAUAAAACGACAACAAGAAAAACAAGAAAAUGAAUGAAAUUUCUCGUCAAUUGUUACGAUAAAAAAAUAAGAGAGUUUCGGGAAACGUAAUUAAAGUAAAGAAAAGGUCGAACGAAUUUUAAAAUGGAGAUACGACAUUUUUUUAAGAAAAUUCAAAUUGACCAAUUUCAUAGAAAGAAUGGAAGUAAAGUGAGCAAAAAAAACGAAUAAUACGACCCACGUAGCGAAUCUUCACAUUGUAAAGGGAAUGUAUGUGCGUGUGUAUGUGUGAAAAUAUCAUCGUGUUUUGUCAAAUGACUCGUAUGCACUGAAUUGAUAAAAGAAAAAAAAAAGAAAAAAAAACAAAACAAAAGAAACGAACAGAAACAUAUUUUUUGCCCCACCAGUGCGAAGCCACAAUUUCCUCGUUCCAGAGUGACAAUGUUCGAAAAUAUUGAUCGAUUUUGCGACUUCCUGUUUGUCGCCGAUACGAACGAGGGUGAAACCGAAUUCACUUUACACUCAGAAUAAAAUAAUGUUUACAGCGAUAGAAACCUGGCAACCCUGCUCGUGUUAUCCGAGGAAACAAUUCAUUGCUCGUUAACGAGUCGACUUAACCUCAGAUACAGAUUUAACGAAACGACGCGACGCCACUGAAUAAUCCAAUUGGGUGUCGCGCUCUCUCGAGUAAGAGAUACCGACACAGCGUCACUGUACUAAUUGCGUAUAGAUUUUUGUACAUAUUUCAUAUUUGUAAUCUCAGUGUUUUCGCUACUAUUAAAAUACCACCUGAAUUCCAUACCUCAAUGAUAAAUAUGAGUAAAUAAAUUGAAUUAAUUAAACGAAA